CUUCUGUGCAUAAAUUGGUGCCGCCAUUGAGAGCUAGCACUAUCAGACUUAGCAGUGGUGUGCUUAUCGAGCGAAUCAAUGGCGGAAGGGAACACAGAGCCGUUGUUGAAGCAGAGUGAGCAAAACGGAGAAACGAACGGAGGCCACCUGGAGGACGAGUACUUCUGCUACGACGAGAGUUGCGCCGGCUGCAGAGUCGAGCUGCUCAAACGCGCCGACGCCGGCGUUCCGGUAAAGCACGUCUUCUUCAUUUCCAUGGUCACACUGUGCGGAUCACUACCAAUAACAUCUCUCUUUCCUUUCCUAUAUUUUAUGAUUAGGGACUUUCACAUUGCUGAAAGGGAGGAAGAUAUUAGUUAUUAUGCUGGAUAUUUAGGCUCAUCGUUUAUGUUGGGGAGAGCUUUGACAUCUGUUGUUUGGGGAAUCAUUGCUGAUCGAUAUGGCAGAAAGCCUGUGGUCAUCAUUGGCACAGUAACAGUGGUUAUAUUCAAUGCCCUUUUUGGCCUUAGUGUAAACUAUUGGAUGGCUAUUAUUACAAGAUUUCUUCUAGGAGCUUUGUGUGGAAUAAUUGGUACAAUGAGGGCAUAUGCUUCUGAAAUUUGCCGUAGAGAAUAUCAUGCUUUGGGCAUAUCUGCAGUUAGUACAGCAUGGGGAAUAGGCUUGGUGAUUGGUCCGGCUGUUGGAGGUUAUUUUGCCCAGCCUGCAGAAAAGUAUCCCGGCACAUUUUCUGCAGAGUCCUUUUUUGGGAAAUUCCCAUACUUCCUGCCAUGUCUUAUGAUAUCCAUGUUUGCACUGGUUACAACCGUCAUGUCCUUUUGGCUUCCGGAAACAAUGCACACUCAUAAGAAAGAACACAAAAAAGAACAUGAUGUUACUCAGAAUUCAAAGCAACCUGAACACGGGGUUCCGACUUCUCAGAAAAGCCUUCUGAAGAAUUGGCCCUUCAUAUCUUCUAUUCUUGUCUAUUGUGUUUUCCAACUUCAUGAUAUAGCCUAUUUGGAGAUUUUUUCUCUAUGGGCUGUCAGUCCAAGGAAGCUUGGGGGAUUGAGCUACACAACUGCAGAUGUUGGUCAAGUUCUAGCCAUUACAGGCAUUGGACUUUUACUCUUUCAGCUUUUCGCUUACCCCUUGGUGGAAAAUGUUCUUGGUCCUGUCAUGAUAUCCCGCAUUGGAGCAGCUCUUAGCAUACCAUUGCUGUCAAGUUAUCCAUGCAUAGCUCUGCUAUCUGGUCUCUGCCUCUCCGUGGUGCUUAAUUGCGCGUCCAUGUUAAAGAAUGUGCUCUCUGUAUCUAUCACUACAGGACUAUUAAUCCUUCAGAACAGGGCAGUUAGCCAGGAGCAGAGGGGAGCUGCCAAUGGCAUUUCCAUGUCUGCAAUGUCUCUUUUUAAGACAAUUGGCCCAGCAGUCGGGGGUUCAUUAUUAUCUUGGUCACAACUGCGUCAAGAUGCAAAGUUUAUGCCAGGCGAUCAGCUGGUUUUCUUCGUCCUAAAUGUGUUUGAGUUGUUGGGUCUGUUUAUGACAUUCAAGCCCUUUCUCCAACUCCCAGAGGAUGACAUUUCUAAGUCAAAACAAGAUGGGGCUGCUGAAGAUAACUACAUACAACACAGAAUUGCAUUGCCUGAAUUGCCAUAGCCAUGAAAUACCAACUCCUUGUGGACUGUUUUAAAAAGAUCCUGUAUGACAAAUUUGACUUUUCUGUAUAAGAAUUAUGUUUUACCAUUAAGUCAUCGUUUUGAGUAAGUAGGUUACCAUCUUGAAUUUCCAAAAAGAAGUCGGUUUAAAUAAAGUUUCCAUGGUUGGAGCAUAUUGGUAAGGAAAGAUGAUACACUCCUUAUUUUUCCUUUGAUAAAGAUGAUGCGCAUUUAGCCGUUUAACGGUUAAUCUUUAAAUGAAGAUUUCAUUGUUCAAAAUAA